GAGUCCACACUCCAGGCCCGAAAGCAAAACGGGGAGGAGCACGCCAUGGAGAAAAAACCUCGAGCCGCCGCCGGCGGCGGCGACGACGGAGGCGGCAGCCGCGGCGAGGCCUCCGGAAGCUCUGAAGGUGGAGGUCUGGUCGAAAGGCUCCCCGAGGCGCUCCUGGUGGAGGUGCUCGGCCGGCUCGAGGUGGACGACGCCUGCUCCGCCGCUGCGUCCUGCCGGGCGCUCCGCGGCGCCGCUUCCGCCGCCAUCUCCGCCAUCACAACCAUCGAUCUCUCUGCGUUUGCUCCGUCGAACGCGAUCCUGAGCAGGAUUCUCGCGGGGAACGGCGCGGUCCGCAGCCUCACCGUCAAUUGCAGCCUCCUCGACGACUCCGCGGCCUCUGUCAUCGCGAAGGGUAGCCUCCGCGAGCUCUCGCUUCUGAAGUGCUCGUUCACGAUGAGCUUCUUUAUGGCUAUUGGUGAGAGAUGCGGCAAUUUAAGAUCAUUAAAGCUGGAGAUGGCAGUUGCCCCAGAAGUUUUGUAUCCUCGUUACUCUGGAUUUGGUACUUGCCUAGCACGUAUCUACGCGGGAUGUGGUUGCUUGGAGACUCUUUGGGUGAAGUUCCCUCUGCUAGAUCCGUGCACUGCUGAUUAUGAGAAUGGGAUGCAUUUUAUUCCUAGUACCGUCAAGGAACUGUUGCUGCAACCUGUGUCUCAUUUGCGGGCAAAGACGGUCUUCACUAAAACCACAUCUCUGAAAAAACACAUCACUGACAGUUUGGGAUCACUCUCUUUAGUUCUUGACACAAUAACGGAUGAGCUUGUUAUCUUGAUCACCAGUAAUGUCCGUAACUUAGUUGAGCUCUGCCUGGAAGAUGGACCUGUUACCCAACCAAAUUUGCCUGAAGAUUUGACCAAUAUCGGCCUUCAAGCUCUUGGCUUGUGCCACAACUUGAGACAUUUAUCGCUGACACGUCGUUACUGUGAUUUCAGACGUGUAAAUGACUUUGGGAUACUGAUGCUUGCUGAUGGAUGCAAGCAACUCAGAACCAUUAGAUUUGGUGGCUUUUCUAAAGUAAGCGAUGCAGGGUAUGCAGCCCUUCUCCAUUCUGGCAAGGACCUGAAGAAAUUUGAGGUCAGUAAUGGCUCCUGCUUGUCAGACUUGGCAUGCCUUGAUCUUGAUAAGGCAGCUCCGAAUAUUACAGAAGUGAGAUUGCUUAAUUGUGCUCUCCUAACUAGUGAUACAGCCAUAUCUCUCGCACCCUGCACUAACUUAAAGGUUCUUGAUCUAUCUGGUUGCAAGAGCAUUGCAGACUCUGGCUUGGUUUCCAUCUCACAGCUUUCCAGGCUAACUCUACUGGACCUUGCUGGAGCUGACAUCACUGAUGCUGGUUUAUCAGCACUUGGGAAUGGGAGGUGCCUGAUAUCUUCUUUGUGCUUGAGAGGGUGCAGAAGGAUUGGCAGUAAUGGAAUAGCUUCACUGUUGUGCGGGACUGGUACCAUCAACAAAACUUUAGUGUCACUUGACAUUGGGAAUGUGCCGAGGAUAUCAUGUCGAGCUGUGACAGUGAUCGUCAAGAACUGUGAGCAGCUAAGCAGCCUGUGUCUGCGGAACUGCCUCCUCAUAACCGAUUCAUCUCUUGAGGUGCUAGGUUCGAUGGGCCGUGACUCCAAAUGUUCCCUGAGAAUGCUUGAUCUCGCCUACUGCAGUAAGUUGUCUCGUAACUUCCUGAGACUCUUUGAGCCACCAUUGUUUCGAGGCCUGCGGUGGCUUGGCGUUGGGAAGAAUGUGGUUCAACGUCGUGGCUGCAGUCCAACGGUUGCAGAGCUUCUGGAGCAGAAGCCAGGAUUGACUAUAUGUGGCAAUGCGUGCGACAUGGGCUGCAGGAACAAGUGCCAUCCUGAUAUUCGUUUUAUUCAGUAGAUGUGUUGUUAUUGCCAUUCGAGUUGCUGUUGUAAUGUUCUGUUCAUUCUUUAACAAAACUAAUCUAGGAUUAACCUGUGGCAACGCUUGUGACAUGGGCUGCAGGAACAAGCGUCAUCCUGAUAUUCAUUUUCUUCAGUAGAUGUGGUGUUAGUCGCUCGAGAUGAUGUUUCAAUGUUUGAACAGAACUAAACUAGUAUGUGGUGUGUUAUUGCUUGCAAUGAAGAACCAUUCAUGUGUAC